AUGCAGGCCAGUUGCGUGCGCCAGCACGAGCAGUACUAUGUGCACAAGGUUGCAAUGAACCUCUUUCUUGCACCUGAUCGACCGGUGUCAGAAUGUCUCCCUCACUGUCUCCAGCACCAAAGCCUGUUCAACGGAAAUGUGCCUCAGCCAAAGGAUUGGCUGAGGGCAUGGAGAGCCUGUCGCACCGCAGCAUCCUUUGUUUCAGCCGCCAAGUAUUUUGACACGGACGACUAUGCCUCAGGGCAGCGUGGGCAGGUGGAUCGGUUUCGUCUUAAGAAGCUCAUCACGGUCAUGCACUGGGCUGUGAAGCACUUCCGGAAGGAGAAGCUGCAGCGUGCAAGGAGUAUCAGCAUCUCUGUUGAUGAUCGCAAGGAAUACCGCCUUUUGCGAUACAGGUGCAGCAUGCAGCCUUCCGUGCACCAAGGUCUUGCUGAGGCUGGCAGCACCGAAGACAGGUCCCCAGGUCCCCAGGUCCCUGUGGCCCAUGGUUCCCGGGCUCUCGAGGAAUGGUGCUCUGACUGCCCAACCCUUGCGGCUGAAGGUUUGCUGGGUGUCCACAGAAUAGGUGGGUCCGUCAGAGAACAGAAACUGGAGAUUCAUGAUGAGGACAAAGCCCAAGUCAUGACAUCCUCUGUGUUGGAUUUGCUCACAGAGGCCUGCCGGGAUCCAGAAGGGAAGAUCGACGCGGAGGCCUUGCAGCAUUUGCAGGCGCAUGUGCGCCAUUGUGCAUCCGACCAAUGCCCAGCCGUCCAGAAGUCUGGGAAGCAGCUGGCAACUUGUUCCGAGUUGCCGAACCUGGUGUGGCUGUCCUACGACCCAGCCCACCAGAUCCGCAUUGCGUUUCAAGACCCACUGCACGCUGUCCCAGACUUCAACGAGCAAUGGCAGCAGUUGUUCGCUGGCCGACAUGCUCUGAUACCCGAUAUAAAGAAUUCGGAAGUUUGGAAGAGCCGUCUGCUGGCCGCGCAGCGUGCAGUCCUUGACAAGCAUGGGUCUCAAGCUGGUCUUGAGAAGACGAUGAGAGCCUUUUCGUUCGCGCAGCCACGAUUUGACUCCACGGCGACGCCCAUGAUGAAGUACUGUUUGCUUGUGCGGGCCAUUGCCAUUCUCUGUGCCAUGCAAGCCGUGGAUGAACGCAACAAGCCAGAGGUCCGACAUCGUGCUGAGCUGGCCCUUCAGAGGAUGCAAGGUCCAAGUUUGUUUCGCUGUGCUCUCACGUGCGACUACACCUCGGAAUGUCUGCGGUUUCUCCGUGUUUUCGAUAAAGAGGAUCCUGAUGCAGCGAAGAUACCAGAGAUUCUAGAGGAUUUCUGUGCCCGACUGAAGCUUCUUUUCGUGGAUGGCUACAUCCUUGCGGACACAUGCUCUGCAGGUCCAUCAGGUCCCCAGGUCCCCAGGUCCAGCACAGCUCCGCAGACUCAGAUGGAUGGCAAGACCAUUACGCAGCGUGUCUACGAGGAGAUAGAGACGCCAGAGCCGAUGCUUGACUAA